CUCUCAGUCUUUUCUCUGUUACAGGUCUUUUGUAAGCAGUUACAAUAAACUGGAGUGCUAAUCAUCUGUAUAAUGUUAAAAUAAAAUUACAAACGAUAUUGAUAAUCAAUUGCAUUAAAUGAUUUAAAAAUAAUUGAAUGUUAUACAUAUAAGAGAAUAUUCUGGUAAAAUGACGAGUGUGGGUAAUAGAAUCGUUGUUCUGAUAGACAUGGAUUGUUUCUUCUGCCAAGUUGAGACAAAAUUGCAACCACAAUAUAAAGGAAAACCACUCGCUGUCGUUCAGUAUAAUCAAUGGAAACUUGGAAAAAUUAUAGCUGUCAAUUAUGAGGCACGAAAUUUUGGAGUAACUAGGCAUAUGAGAGGCAUGGAAGCUAAAGAAAAAUGUCCAGAUAUAGUUCUAGUCAGUGUACCAUGCCUUCGUGGAAAAGCAGAUACAUCCAGAUAUAGAAAAGCUGGUCGUGAAGUUAUUGAAGUGAUAAAAAGACACUGUAAUACAAUAGAACGUGCCAGUGUUGAUGAGGCAUAUCUUGAUAUUACAGACAUUGUCGACAAGAAAAUAGUGACAUCUAAAUCUUCUUUGAAAGAAUUAAUAUUAUCUCUUACAAAUACAUACAUUGUAGGAUAUUCAGAAGUUAAUAAAAAUGAUGAAGAAGAAAGAUAUCAAGGGCUACAGACUUGGUUACAGGAUACUUUGAAUGAAUUGCAUGACAUGCAAGCUCAAAGACUUGCUGUGGCUGGUGUAAUAGUUGAGGAAAUAAGGACUAGCAUAUAUAAAGAAACUGGAUUCAAAUGUUCCGCUGGAAUUUCACAGAAUAAGAUAUUAGCAAAAUUAGCAUGUGGAUUACACAAACCAAAUUGUCAAACAAUUUUACCUGAGAUAGCUGUUCCAAGUCUGUAUUCAAAACUUCCGAUAAAAAAAAUUCGAAAUCUUGGUGGAAAAUUUGGUGAUAUUGUAGUAGAAUCUCUUGGUUGCAAUGUUAUGGAAGAUCUAUUACAGUAUUCCUUGGAACAAUUACAAAAACAUUUUGACGAGAAGACAGGAUUUUGGUUGUACAAUAUUGCAAGAGGUAUAGACAAUGAGCCUGUCAUUAACAGAUUGCUAUCAAAGUCCAUCGCAGCGUUUAAAACAUUUCCCGGAAAGCAAGCUAUUACCUCACUGGAAGUGUUAAAAAACUGGGCCCAAGAUUUAGCAGCUGAAGUUUGUGAACGGCUCGAAGAGGAUCUCGCAGAAAAUCAUCGACGUGCGACAUUACUCAUUGUUUCUUACAGUUACUAUCAAAAUAGAAGUACUAUAUCUCAAACGCGUUCGUUCACCUUGAACUCGUACAAAUCGGAAAAAAUGGCGAACCAAUGCAUAGAAGUUGUUACAAAAUCAACGCAGUGUCCAUUAACAUGUAUAGGCCUGUCUGCUAGCAAAUUUGUACCAUCGAAAGAGAGCAAUAGCUUCCUUAAAUUUUUUAAAACUGAUUUAAAACAUAAAGAAAGUAACAAAAAUUCUGAAAUUGAUAAAUUGGAUAGUAUAAAUUCGUCUGGAAGUACAAUAAAUUCUAAAUCAAACCUAGAGGCGGGAAGAGAGCAAACUCUUGCUGUUUCCACUAGCAAAGAAGAAUCAAUACAAAAAAUGGAAGAAGAGAAAUCUCAAAGUGUCAAAGAAUCUUCUGUUAUAAAAAAAUCAAUAAUUAAGAAUAGUAAAGUAAGAAUGAAAGAAAGUAAGGGAAUCCUCGACAAUUCGUUAAAUAUGAGCUCGAAAAAUUCGCCCAUAUCGAAACGAGUUAUGAAAUUGAUCCAGGUGUGCAACGAGCGCAAUAAAGCAAAGGAUAAACAUUUGUCGAGUGUAGUAAUAAAUAAUAACGAUUUUCAAGAUUCAUUUUUUAUGAAUGCAUAUAAGACAGGAAAAAAGGAAUGUUUUGACAACACUGAUAGAAGUAUUGAUAUUGUGAAGGAAUUAGAAUGCAGAAAACAAUCAAUCGUAUCUAAUACAGACGAAAAAGAUGUAAAUAAUAAGAACAACAACGAUUAUAGUUUAGAUUUGUGUGUGCAAGAGAAUGAUCUGGGAAAACCUUCCACGAGUUAUGCAUAUACUCAUGUAAAUAGCAAUGGCCAGAAUUCCACAAAUGAGAACAAUGAAGAAAUUUCUGCGCAAGAGCCUUCAGUGCGAUUACGAGAGAUAUUUCCAAAUGUAGAUGACAUAGAUCCAGAUAUCUUGUCUUUGUUGCCGGCUGAAUUGCAGGAGGAGGCAAAGUUGCUGAAAUCGCGGAGUAAAAAGCAAGAAAACAUCAAAAUUGCUCGCGAUUUACCCAAAUCGACGAAAGGAAGACCUAGCAAAUUCAAAGCUGCCGGUAAGAGUGGCAAAACACACAGUCUUCUAUCUAACUUUUUGAUCAAGACCAAUUCAAGCGAGCACGACGUACCUUUGGAGCGAUGUGCUGAGUGUGAUCAAAUGAUACCUCUUACAAAGUUCAGCGAACACACGGAUUUCCACGUUGCGCAGAACAUAUAUCGGGAAAUUAACAAACCUACAUUAGGCGAGAAUGGCGUGAAAAGGAAACUCGAAAACGCUGAAAGUGACAUUACUUCCAUGCGUUAUUCUAAGCGUACUCCAUCGAAUGCCUGUAAACUCGACAGAGAUUCCGACAGAGAUCAAUAACUAUUUUUUUCUCGUAAUCAUGUUACUUGUGAAUAUGUCAAAAAUUCUAUCACUGAAUGUAAAAAAGAAAAAAUUAUACAAAAGAAAUUUUAAAUAUAUAUAUAUUUUGUAUAGCAAAAAAUUAUA